CGAGGAGGAGUCGCCCGGUUCCGCUGCCUCCCGCGUCCGUUCAAAGCCAGGGGCCCGUCGCGUCCGGAGGAAGGAUGCGGGCUGGUCGAGCGGCAGCCUGAGGGAGCUGCGGGAACUGGAAGAACCAUCCUCUUCCACAAGGAGAAAAUAAGCAGACAUGAAAAGUACUCCGCACUUCAGCUUAAGAUGCAGGACCGGGCAGGAUAUGCAAAUUAUCCUGCUGGUGGGAUUGACUGUGCUUCUUCCUGCCUGUGUACAAGCUGGAGGAAAGUCCUACACUGGACCAUGUGCAGGGAGAGACUGCAGUGGGGGCUGUGAAUGUUUUCCAGAAAAAGGAGCUCGUGGCCAGCCAGGACUGCUUGGACAGCAAGGAUUCUCUGGGCCAUCGGGAGUGAUGGGUAUACCAGGACUUUCAGGGCACAAAGGGGACAAAGGGGACCGAGGUAGACCUGGCAUUAUUGGACCCAAAGGAGAAGCGGGACAAAGAGGAGUCACAGGGUUUCCCGGUGCAGAUGGAAUUCCUGGUCAUCCAGGUCAAGGAGGAUCAAGAGGAAAACCAGGCCACGAUGGUUGCAAUGGGACCAAGGGAGAUCCAGGUCCACAGGGAAUUCAGGGACCUGCUGGGACUCCUGGUUUUUUUGGAAUCCAGGGACCCAAAGGUCAGAAGGGGGAGCCUUUUGCACUGCCGGACGAAUUAGCUAUAAAGUUCAGGGGAGACCCUGGUGACCCGGGCUUGACUGGCUUCAUUGGACCACAAGGUGCUCCUGGACUAGUGGGUGAACCUGGUCUAGAAGGAGACUCAGGUCUUCCUGGACUUCCAGGACCCCCAGGACCUCCAGGGCCCAUUGGCAAUAGAGGUCUCGGCUUUUAUGGAAAGAAAGGUGAAAAGGGUGAAAUUGGACCUCCUGGUCCACCUGGGCGACCAUCAACAGGAGAAUUCAUCAGUUCAAUAGAUGAAAUUCUAAGUGAACACAAGGGUAUGAAAGGAAGAAAAGGAAUGAUGGGACGACCUGGAUUCCCAGGUUUUCCUGCACAAGAAGCAGAAAAGGGAGAAGAAGGAAUAACUGGCUUUCCAGGACAAAGAGGUUUGCCAGGAAUCAAUGGCCUAAAAGGAGCUGAAGGAGAUGUGGGUAUACCUGGAAAUUAUGGAAUCCAGGGCAUUCCUGGCCAGAAAGGGAUGAAGGGAGAACCUGGAGAUAAAGGAAUUCGAGGGCCACCAGGUCACGCACAACAACCCACACUUAUAAAAGGUGUACCUGGUGACCGGGGAAUGGAUGGCAUUCAAGGCCCUGAGGGAGAGAGAGGAACCAAAGGCAGUCCUGGCCCACCUGGUGCAGAAGGAUCAUUUGAUGAUGUUUAUGAGGGAAGAGGUUUUCCUGGAGAAAUGGGCCCCAAAGGUUUUAUUGGCGAUCCUGGCUUCCCAGCUACUCAUCCUGGUCCUCCCGGUUUAGAUGGUGAACCAGGAAAACCUGGCUUUCCUGGCCCCCCCGGCCCUCCAGGAAGUCCAGGUUAUUCCAUUGGGCUGAAAGGAUAUCCAGGAGUUAAAGGUUCUGCAGGCAAGCAAGGUUAUCCAGGUCUAGAAGGACAAAAAGGACUGAAAGGUGACAGAGGAGAUUGCAUAUGUGAUGAACAUAUCGAAGGAAGAAGAGGUCCUGCAGGACAACCUGGUCCUCCAGGAUUUCAAGGUCCAAUAGGAUAUCCUGGGGAGAAAGGAGAAGCAGGAGAUCAAGGCUACCAUGGACUUCCGGGCUUUCCUGGUGGAAAGGGAUUGCCUGGUGGACCUGGACCAUCUGGACCAAAGGGGAUAAAAGGGAAUUCCCAACAUGUUACCACAAAAGGUGCCAAAGGAGACCUAGGAACUCCAGGAUUUCCUGGAAGUCAAGGAGAAGAUGGUUUACCAGGCAGGAAUGGCAUAGAUGGUUUACCAGGGUUUCCUGGUCUUCGGGGUGAUGGCAUAAGAGGAGAACAAGGGGAUCCUGGUGGUGCAGGCCAGCCAGGUCCAAAAGGUUUUCCUGGUGAAAUUGGUCUGCCUGGUGUGAGUUUGUUCAGUCCAAAGGGAUAUCGUGGUCCUCCGGGUGACCCUGGAACAUAUGGAAAUCCUGGCUUUCAAGGCCCUCCUGGCCCCCCGGGCCCUCCUGCUCAGAUAGAAUGUGGGCAAACAGAGGACAGCUUUCUUAGAGAUAACAGAACAGAAUCAAUUCAUUCAGGGACCAGCUGUGUUAUGGCCCCAAAAGGAGCUCCGGGAUACCCAGGACUGCCUGGACUACCAGGUGCAAAGGGUGCAAAAGGGAUUCCUGGUGAAUUUGGUUUGAAUGGAUCUCAAGGACUGAAAGGAUUUCAAGGGGAUCAAGGUCGUGGAGGUGAAGCAGGUCCAGCAGGAUUCACUGGACCCAGAGGAAGCAGAGGUGCUCCAGGAAUACCUGGAGAAAAGGGCCUUGUAGGAAAUCCCGGUUUGCCAGGUUUGCCAGGGCUCCUUGGGGAAAAGGGGCUUGCAGGUGAUGUUCUAGGAGCACCAUCAGGCUUUCCUGGGGACCCUGGGCCACCUGGACUCCCAGGAGCAAAAGGCCCGCAAGGAGAUCAAGGCUUACCAGGAAUUAAAGGAAAAGAUGGCUUCCCUGGUUCACCUGGAUCCAAAGGGAAUCCUGGGUUUCCUGGGCCCACUGGUCUGACGGGUACCCGAGGAUCACCAGCAUCAUUUGGAUUCCCUGGACUUCCAGGCCAGCAAGGGUCCCUGGGUAGAAAAGGCUCACAAGGAUUUGUUGGAUCCCCUGGUGUCAGAGGAGAACCAGGGGAGUCAGGGAAAGUUGGUCCUGCAGGGAUGAAAGGUCUGCCAGGGGACAAAGGUGAACUGGGCUUUAUUGGACCUAAAGGAAAGGCUGGGGAAACUGGUUUCCCUGGGAUUGUUGGAAUGCCUGGUUUCCCAGGUCUUAAAGGUUCUAAAGGAUCUCCCGGCAUUGGAGGUUUCAGCGGUCCUAUGGGGUUCAAAGGAUGGCCAGGACAGAAGGGAAUCCAUGGAGAGAAAGGCCUCUCUGGGAAGCCAGGUGUUAAAGGCCCAUCAGGGGAAUUCGGAUUUAAAGGUGAUCGUGGAAUUCGUGGUCUACCAGGAGCACCUCCUAAAAUCAUGCUACAUGUAAUGCUGGAAGUAAAAGGUGAAAAGGGAAAUCAAGGAGUAUUUGGUGUUAAAGGGGAUAUCGGUUUAAAAGGACAUGAAGGAUUGCUCGGAUUACCUGGUCAGACAGGAAUAUCAGGUUUACCUGGAUUUCCUAGUUUUGAAAAAGGUCAGAAAGGUGAAACUGGAAUUAAAGGAAUAAGAGGUGUUCCAGGAUAUGCUGGUAUCCCAGGUCCUCGUGGUAUUCCUGGCUUCCCUGGAAUCGUUGGAUGGAGGGGAGAAAAGGGUGUUCCAGGAGUUCCAGGUGUGAUUGGUGAAAGUGGCCAACUGGGGGAAAUUGGUGACAGAGGUGAUACGAUGAAUUUGCCAGGAAGUAAAGGUUCUAAAGGAAUUCCUGGAAUAGCUGGACAAGCAGGGUUGAAAGGCGACAAAGGAAAGAAGGGCGAAACUGGGGAUCAAGGAUAUGCUGGUGUGAAAGGCAUGGAAGGCCCUCGAGGCUCUCAGGGGUUAAUAGGGCAAAGAGGAUUCCCAGGAAAGUUUGGGGAACAAGGUGAACCUGGAAAUUCAGGUGUUCCUGGCUCUUCUGGUGAAAAAGGAAAUGUUGGAAACAUUGGUUUUCCAGGAAGAAAAGGACUGCCUGGGAUCAGAGGACUUCCUGGAUUAGAUGGUUUGCCAGGUUCUAAAGGCUUGUCGGGAUCACCAGGUCCAGAUGGGUAUGGCUUAUCAGGUUUUCCAGGUGUUUUGGGUGAGAAGGGUACAGCAGGAGACCCAAGCCCCAUUGAAGGCAGCAGAGGACCUCCUGGUCAGAAGGGGCAAAGAGGGGAUCCAGGAUGGCGAGGUUCACCUGGUGCUCCUGGACCAGAUGGAAGACCAGGAUUUCCUGGAGUCUCCAAUAUAACUGGUAUACCUGGCGAUAUGGGUUCACCUGGUUUUGAUGGAGUACCAGGUUACCCUGGGCCUCCAGGGACUCCAGGCACAGCUGGCUCAUCUGCCUUCAAAGGAGAACAGGGGCCAACAGGUGUGGCUGGAGAAGAUGGUCUAAAAGGAAUAAAAGGAGACCAGGGCCCAGAUGGAAGACCUGGAAUAUCAGGCUUGCCUGGAGCAAAAGGAUAUAAAGGUGAACAAGGAGUCAUGGGCUUCAUUGGCCAAACAGGAAUUUCUGGUGACUUUGGUCCCAUAGGACCUAAAGGAGAUAGAGGCCCCCCUGGUUUUCAGGGGCCUCCAGGUUCCCCCGGAUUGCCACCUUUACUUCCUAAACUGGUUGCUGAGCAAGGGACACCAGGCGCCCAUGGAAAAAUAGGCCCCCUGGGCACUGCAGGUGAAAUGGGUCCUCAUGGUCCCCCAGGAGAUCCAGGUUUUAGAGGCCCCAUAGGUAAACCAGGAGCACAAGGAGGAGGAGGUAUACCUGCAUCUCCAGGCUUCAGAGGUGAUCAAGGAGGAGAAGGCCUGCACGGCCCAGCAGGCUUUGAAGGUGCAGCAGGUGUUCCUGGUACUCCUGGACUGCAAGGUAUGCCAGGCCGCAGUGUUAACAUAGGUUAUCUUCUUGUGAAGCACAGCCAAUCUGCUGAAGAGCCAAUGUGUCCAGAGGGCAUGAACCAACUUUGGAGCGGCUACAGUUUAUUGUACUUUGAAGGACAAGACAAAGCUCAUAACCAGGAUCUCGGCCUGGCUGGGUCAUGUUUGGCUCGAUUCAGCACUAUGCCUUUCCUUUACUGCAAUCCAGGGGAUGUCUGCUACUAUGCAAGUCGUAAUGAUAAAUCCUACUGGCUCUCAACCACAGCCUCUCUUCCAAUGAUGCCUGUGGUAGAAGAAGAAAUCAGACCUUAUAUCAGUCGCUGUUCUGUCUGUGAAGCUCCUGCUCUUGCCAUUGCUAUUCACAGUCAAGAUAUUACUAUUCCUCACUGUCCUGAAGGAUGGCGCAGUUUAUGGAUUGGGUAUUCUUUCCUUAUGCACACUGCAGCUGGUGCCGAAGGAGGAGGGCAGUCACUGGUUUCUCCAGGUAGCUGCCUAGAAGACUUCAGAGCCACACCAUUCAUUGAAUGCAAUGGUGCUCGGGGGACCUGCCACUACUUUGCAAACAAAUACAGUUUUUGGCUUACCACCAUUGACAAUCAAUUUCAACAUUCACCACCUCCAGAUACACUCAAGGCUGGACUCAUCCGAACACAUAUAAGCAGAUGCCAAGUGUGUAUGAAAAAUUUGUAAAACAAACAACCCCCUCCCUUCCAAAAAAGAAAUGUCACUUCAAAGUGGCAUGGAUUAGAUUUUGUUGGUGCUUAUUUAACUUAUUACCUCAUCAUUUGAACACCAUUGUUAUCUGGAAGAACAAACACUGCAAGUACAUAUAACCAAACAAUUGUUCAGCCUUUGUUCAUGUUAUUGUGAGUUUGCUUUUAUAUGCUGCAAAUAAUACAGUCUGUUAUGGGAAUAAAACAAUAGACAAUGUUUCAUUAUUAAAUACACUUGCUGUCAUUUAAAUCUGAUUUACUGUCAAAUGAUAUUUAUCUUUUUUUCAAUGUAUUACUGAACACUACUAAUUCUUAGUCAUUGAGUAUUAAAUAAACAUUUAAACACAAAUGCAAACUAUGUUGGAAUUUAGGAUUUUAAACUGUAUUUGGCAAACUCAUAUUGUUAAAAUGAAAAUGACAUUUCAACAUCCUCAAAACAGUGAAAAAUAAGCUGUAUGCUUGCUCUAAGCGAGUUCUGUUUUAGCUGAGUUGUUUGGUUACAAAUACAACAGAACAGCAAUGUUUUAUGGCUGCAUGGAAUAUAUUUUUGUUAUAUUUCAAGGCCUUUAUUUUUAUACAGUUACUUUAGUAAACAUCCUGUUGCUAUUAGUGCCUAAUUUCAAAAGUCUGCAGAGAAUGAACAAUAAGCUUUAUUUAUGUGUCACUUGACUUUUUUUGAAUGCAAUCUACUAUUAUUCUAUGCAAUAUCCUCAAUGGAUAGACAUAGCCCAUUAGACCAGAAUUCAUUUAAUAUUACUUUAGUACGGCUUGUAGAUAAAUAAUCUAUGGCCUUUUAGAUGUUGAUAUUCUACCUGAGUUGAUGAGAAAUUGUGGUUUGGAAUCCAUAUCUGAAGGUACUUUGCCUAUUUAGGCAAAUAGUACUUCGGCUAAUUCUCUUCAAUCAUUACUGGGUAUCACAGAAUCUGUCAUAAUAAUCUCAUAAUUUAAGGAAUAGCACAAAAGGAAGGUGUUUAGAAAACUGUGCCUUGCAGCAAUUGUAAUUAAAGCUACAGUCAAGAACCACUCCCCUAGAGAGUACCAUUUAGUAAGAUUUGUGAGUGCCCAUCCAUACUUAGGAAUGUGACAUUUGUCAGUCUUCCCAAUAUAAGGAUGAUAAGAGAGACUCAAUUAGUAUCAUAUUCUUGGGAGGGAAGUGAGUGACGGAAAAGACAUCUCUGCACAGAAGGAAUUAGGACUGUGCCUGGGAAAGUGAAAAACACACUUUUCUCAUAGCAGUGUAAUACCAAAGCUGUGAUUAUGUGCAUACUUAACCGUACAAAUGAAGCUUGACUGGCUUCCAAGUAAACAUGCAUAAAAUUGUUGAGUAAAUCAGAUUCUAUCCCCAAUUCCUUCACCAGUAUGGAUAAGCAAAUGAAAAGGAGGCAGAAUCUCAAUGCGACAAGUGGCAACAACCCUCUUUGGGUGGCAGGAAUAGGGCAGCUGCCCAGACUAAUCUGUAAUUGGGCACUUGGGACUUCCCACUGCUCCCCAGAGUGUUUCCUUCCCAAAUCAAAUCCUGAAUAAGAAAUGCUCAAAUUUCCUUUCAUGUGUUUCUCCUUUGUACUAAGGAUCACAGUGUUUUAUUUUGUGUGACAAAUAAAAGUAUCGUUUUCUUACUGAAUUGGUACAGGUUUUAUAAGACAUAACUUAAAUCCUAAAAAAAGAAAAAUAAUCCCAUGUAAAGAAACAACCCAUAUAUGAAGUGACUUGAAGGGGACAGGACAAGAGAAUCCAUGGAGCUCUUAUUUAAAAAGCCCUGGCAUUCCCAAUGUCACUGUCUAGUAAACUGUAGCAGCACAGAGGUUGCAAUGGAAAUGUGCAUAUCUAAAGCAUCACCUUUAGAUGCAGAGCAUGUAAUCACACAUUCAAAUCAAUUUAAAUUCUUCAUAUUUAAGGAAAUUCUGUGGAUCUAUUUCUUACAUAUCUGACAAAGACUGAAAAAGUUUCAGAAUUAGAAGAGCACUAUGGGGAUUUAGAGGCCCAAUGAUUUUUUUAUGGAUUUUUUAUGGAUUUCCAGGCUCAUUUCUCAUUUACUAUUAAAAUCUAUUUCCUCCAAGGAUGAAUUCAGCACUGCUAUUUCCUGCCAGAACUCAGUCCUAAAAUAAAUACCAUAAUAAUGUACCAUAUUUGGGAUUCAGACACAAAAUAUAUAAUCCAGGCAUACUUUAGUCUAUAAUCUCUAGUUUUAUCAAUUAUUGUCACAAAAGUAAUUAGUAAAUUUUAUUGCAAAUAUAAAUAGUUUAAAAAAUAGACAGAGGUAAAGAGCUGUUUUGUGUCAAUAGAUUGAUCAGCUUCAUAGUAACUUCUUUUACAUUCAGAAAAUGUGGAGAUAACUGCAGAUCUUUAGAAAAAGUAAUCUAACAAGAAAAAAAUUAAGUUGAUAUUUUUAUAUAAUUCCCCAACAACAGCAUUGAAAAAUCACUACUAUCACCAAUACAUUGUCAUCAC